AUGGCAUCAUUGGAUGGCGAUCGGGAAACCGUGGCAUGUCUCGACGGCAUUGACUGGUCGUUGUCGGUGCCAGACAGCAACAUGGGAUCUCAGGCACUAUUCACCGACGCCUCUGUCGGAGAAAACUUCAACUAUUCUUUCACCAAUGCCACCUACACCCCCCUGUUUGAAGGUGCUAAUGUAACGAACACCAAUACUACCUUCGCAGGGGAUAUUGGGCUCACUCAACCCCGAUUUACAAAGGUUGCUACCUACGGCCACCCUUCCGCAUCGUCCCUCUCCAACGGAUCACCAUAUGUGCCUUCCAAUGUCCGAUUCUUGUUAUCUCACUACAUGAACCACGUGAUUGCUUCUCUUUCCGGGUUGCCGCAUACCGAAGCUCCCUGGAAACGGAUUCACGUGCCGUAUGCCAUGACAGCGUACGGGGAGUUGGAUAUUAUGGGACAGUCGGGUUUCGCCAGAGUUUCCCUCCUGUACAGCCUCCUUUCCUUGACAUGCUACCACCUUGGAACCCUCUACAAGCCUACGGCAACCGGCAGCGGAACUGACACGCAGGUACUGCCGACUGACGACCAGGCAUCGAACUUGCAAUACUGGAACUCCCAGGGGCUCAAGUUCAGGGAGAUAGCCCGGACAGCCUUUCGAAAAUGUCUGCACGCAAUGUCAACCGAGCAACUGGAACACGUCAAAUACAAAGAGGUUUUCGUGAGUGCAAUGAACCUGAUUUGUACCGGGAUAGUGAGCGGAGAUCCUUGGGACUCCCGGCUUUUCAUCCUCCAAUGUGAAGAGAUCGUCAACAAGAUCGGCCGGAAGAAGGCGACGUUCUCGAAGCGAGCUCUGCAACUGCAUCGAAUAUUUGCUUACAUCAGGGUCAUCGAGAAAACCACGUUCGUCCAGACGCGGGAUCAAUAUCUCGUGACACUAGGCAAGAAGCCAAUGCUUGCCAACGAAGUAGAACUGGUGAAGAAGAUCCCGGAGGACAGCUUUCCCUAUUCGGCAACCCUGGCGUCAAACUACGAGACCUGGGCGGAUCUGGGGCUCAGUGGGCCCGAGGAAGAAUCCUUCAACGACUUUUACGGCAUGCCCGCUUCCAUCUUGAGGCUGAUUGCAAGGACGAACAAUAUGGUUGCCCAGGUCGACCCGCCGCAGCACCACGGCACGGCGCAUCCUCACAUGCCUGCAACCUUGGUCGAAGCCGCCGCCGCCUUGGAGCGAGAUAUCUGUCAUUGGGAGACACCAGAAAAACCGGCCGAGACCAACGACAACCCUUUCGAUUUGCUGAGCUGCAGCUCUGCCGACGGCCUCCCGGAUCCGUCGCAGACGAUGAAGUCGAAUAUCGCGACGGCAAUGCACCACGCGUUGAUGGUGUAUUUCUUCCGAUUUGUGCGGGGGACCAAUCCCAUUAUCCUGCAGCACUACGUCGAGAGUAUCCUCAGCAACCUCGAACUGCAUCACGAAAGCAAGCAAUGCUUCUUCCCAGGCGUGCGGCUCGGAGUCACCGUGUGGCCCAGCUUUAUCGCCGCGUGCGAAGCUCUGGGGGACAACCUGCGCCGCCGCGCCAUACUUUGCAUGAGGCACGCCGCUUGGGCAGGAUUCCAGAACGCAGAGGCCGCCGAGAUGGUGGCGAAAGAGGUGUGGCGGCGACGUGAUGCGGGAGAGUUGCACGUCUCGUGGAGCACUGUCCUCCGGGAGUCUCAGACGAUCCUGCUCCUGACCUGA